AGUCGUCUAUCCAAUAAUUUAAGUGUUAAAAUGAGAGUGUACUGUUUUAUAAUUGAAUUCGCAGUAUUGUUUUCUGUCGAAAUUCGUGGAACAAUAGAAUCUGACUCUUUGGUGAAUAGCAGUCCACCAGCCACCGUUCCUACUGAUUCUAUUAAUAAUGCUUCGUAUUUCAGUCCAACAGAAAUAAAAGAUAUAUCCAUUUCUAACCCUUUUUUUAAUAUACCAACUACUAAAAUGGAACCACCAACUACUAAGACGGAACCACUAAUUUCUAAAACCGAGCCUCCAACUACUGGAACAGAACCACCAACUACUAUAACGAAGCAUUCAACUGGUAAAACAGAGGCACCCGCUAUUAAAACAGAGCCACCAACUAUCAAAACGGAGCCACCUUCUACUGAAACGGAACCACCAACUAUUAAAACAGAACCACCAACUACUAGAACCGAGCUACCAACUACUGUAACGAAGCAAUCAACUGGCAAAACAGAGAAACCCACUACUAAAACGAAGUCACCAAUUAUUAAAACAGAGCCACCAACUACUAAAUCGGAGACACCAACAACUUACACCAAGCCAUCAUUUACUAGAACAGAACCACCAACUACUACAACCGAGCAACCAACUAUGAGAACAACAUCACCAACUACUACAACCGAACAUCUAACUACCAGAGCAAAUCCACCAACUUCUAUAACGAAACAAUCAACAGCUAAAACUGAGGCUCCUGCGACUGAUCCAUCAAAAUGUGCUGAUACCCCAAAACUUACUCAAAUGUUCGUCCAUAUUUUUAAUGACUACAUAAAAAUGGUUAAUGCAGCAAUGGAUAGACUGGAAACUGAUACAUCUAUUGCAUCAAACAUAGGCAAUGCUAAAUUCAUUUCAAAAAUUGUACAACGUUUUGCCAAAAUUAUUCAAAAACUCGAGAAACGGGUCGUAAAUAAAUUAAUAAGUAGUUUAAGAUAUUUUCAAAGCUCAAUUAUACAAGAAUUGGAGACAAAAGAUGAUUCCAUUAGUUGUGAACAAACUAUAAAAGUUGUAAACUGCCUUGUACCUCAUUUAGAAGAAAUUGAAACACUUAUUAACAAAAGAAUAAAAUUAUUCGAAUAUAUUGAUUUAUUUAUUGUACAGGGAACCAAACAGGCUAGCAUUUGUAAUCAGAAAAUAUUGUUUAAAGGCAUCUCUUGUGUGCCGACGGUUAUUAAAUAUGUUAAGAAUCAAUAUUCAAUAAUUUUAUCACAGAUAGCUUCAAUUAAUAACGUAGAAUUUUUAUCCGUGGCACACAGAGCUAGAAGACACUGUUACAGAUUAUAAUACCCUUGACAAACAAAUU